CAUUGCCCUGCGAGGGAGAGGAGAAUCCUCUGAGUCUGCAAACAAGUGAGUCCUUUUGGGCUCUUGUGAAUCAUUUCUAUUUUCCUAAUAGAAAAAGCCGCUUGCUGAGACCGAACGGAGCACCUGCCGUUGAUCCGGAGCGCCAUCCAUAUGCCACGAUUCCUCCCUGGGCCUGUCGUUCGGCACACAGCCCCAGGAACAGCCAGAAUGGUAUGAUGCCACGUUGCUCCUAACACCCCCGGGAACGAAGCUCUCUCGUCGAGGUGGCAGUCACAGACGUCAAUGUCACCAGCACCGGCCCCAGAGCCAUCCCAUCCCUCAGCAUGUCCCAGAUCUCCUCCACCUUGAAGCGCUACGCCGACUCACCUUCGACAUACAGCCGGACCUCUCCCAGUUAUGGCACCUAUCCCUAUUCCUCCAACCUCUCCACCUUGUAUACAGAUAGGGAAAAAGUCGGCUACAAGUCCACCUCGCCCUCCACCUACCUGGCUUCCACGCACCUGCGGACAUCGGGGUCCACCUCCUCUUCCUCUUCGUUGAACUAUGACGGGGGCGGGAGGUUCCUCCAACGCCCUGAUUCUGGCACCCGGCUGAGCCCCAGUUACCUUAGAGCCCCGGUCCGGCCCCCUGGUAGUGGAGGGCUCAACGGUGGGGCCACCGGUUACUCCUUUGGCACUGGCUACCCCAGCACUUUGGUCCGGAAAAAAUCCAGCAGCCAUUCGGACUUGGCUCGGGACAUGUCUGGGCUGCACAUAUCCUCCACUCCGUACCGAACCGAGACCUUCGCGACCUCCUCCCGCAACGGUCCCUUCCUUGCCCAAACUCGCCAGGAGCUGUCCGCCCUGCAAGGGUACUACCAGUCCACGCGGCAUUCGGAUUACGUCAAGGAUUACCUGGAAAAUUACAGCCGGAAAGGUGGGCGCUCCCCAGCCUCCAGUGUCUAUGGCUCUUCCGUAGAAGUGAUCACCCCGACUCUGAGGCCCACCAGCCGCUCCUCCGUCCAGCAGUGGGAUCGGACAGACAGCCGGACUGAUUUCCUGGACACGGAGCCUACGAGCUCCAAAACGGUGCAGGGUUUGACCGGCCUCCGCAACCUCGGCAACACUUGUUUCAUGAACUCCAUCCUGCAGUGUCUGAGCAACACCAAAGAGCUUCGGGAUUACUGUCUGCAGAACCAGUAUGUCCGCGACCUCAACAACAACAGCCGGAUGCAAAUGAACCUCAUGGCAGAGUUUGCCAAGCUCAUCCAAGCCUUGUGGACGUCGUCUCCCAACGAAUCUGUGAGUCCUUCCGAAUUCAAGACGCAGAUUCAAAGAUAUGCGCCCCGCUUUGUGGGUUACAACCAGCAAGAUGCCCAGGAAUUCCUGCGUUUCCUUCUAGAUGGGCUCCACAGUGAGGUGAACCGCAUCUUGGUGCGCCCCAAAGGUGGUGGCAGUGACAGCCUGGACCAUCUCCCUGAUGAAGAAAAGGGAAGGCAGAUGUGGAUGAGAUACCUGGCAAGAGAAGACAGCCGAAUUGGAGAUCUGUUUGUGGGGCAGCUGAAGAGUUCCCUGACCUGCAGCGCCUGCGGCCAUUGUUCGACGGCCUUCGAUCCCUUCUGGGACCUGUCGCUACCCAUUGCCAAGAAGAGCUAUGGGGAGGUCAACUUGGCCGACUGCUUGCGGCUCUUCACCAAGGAAGACAUCCUGGAUGGAGAUGAGAAACCCACCUGCUGCCACUGCAAAGCCAGGACGAAAUGCACAAAGAAGUUCAGCAUCCAGAGGUUCCCAAAGAUCCUGGUGUUGCACCUGAAACGCUUCUCCGAAGCCAGGAUACGAUCCAGCAAACUCACCACCUUUGUCAAUUUCCCUCUCAAGGAUCUGGACUUGAGGGAGUUUGCUUCCCAAAACUGCAACCACGCUGUUUACAAUCUGUAUGCCGUCUCCAAUCACAGCGGAACUACAAUGGGAGGCCACUACACAGCCUACUGCAAGAACCCCGUCUCUGGAGAAUGGCAUGCCUUCAAUGACUCACGUGUCACGCCACUCUCCGCGAGCCACGUCCGCAGCAGCGACGCCUACCUGCUUUUCUAUGAGCUGUCCAGCCCGUCUUCGCGAAUGUAGCCUUCUCCCCAUCGCACCCAUUGACCCCAUGAGAAGGCAAGAAAGCCAAACUCACAGAUGUGCUCAAUGGGGGAGACACCUAGGACUAUGGUGACUCAAGGGAUUUUUCUAAGCCUUUUUUUUUCUUAAGAAAAAAAAUUACAAAAACCAAAAAAAAAAAAACAGGAGGGAGAAAGCCCUAAUAAAGCAUUGACUAAAGAUGCCGACUUUUGCGGAAAGGCCUUUCUCCUGAUUCAGGACUGAGGAUGAAGAAAACACUGGCAGUUGAGGAUGGCUUCUCGAAACCCUCCUCAUGUUCUUCAGGGUACUUCCUUCCACUUUUGGUUUCUCCCCUCUCUUUCUCUCCCCUCACUUGCUUCCCCUCCGCCUUUGGUGUGUGUAAUAAACCGUGAACAGCAGCAAACAGGGGCAGGAAAACUCUCUGUCCUUGUUUUACCCACAAAACCUCUCCAAGUAGCUCCCAAAUUUGGGGGCAAUGUGUGUGACAAGUAGGCGGACGUCUCCAGUGGUGCCUUGAAAUGCAGUCAUCGUUGGAGAGCGAUGAGAAACUGUCCGUCGCUUUGUAGGAAUCCGUUUCCAAAUUUCUGCUGCUUUUGGUUCCCAAAUGGAGACGUGAGACACAACAGGAUUUGCAACCCAGCAUCUUUGAAACUGAUGAAUAAAGCCACUUGUUGACCAUGUCAAAUCUCCGCUCCAUGUGAGAGUGCAAACUUUUCACGAGGAGCAGCUUCUCCGAAUUUUGUGGCACGUGAGACGGUUUACGGCGAGACUCAAGGAAUUGGGCAACCUUGCCUCUCAUUUCCCUUUUUGGAAGAACACUUCUUGGUUUAGUUCCCUUUCUAAAUGUCUUUUUCUAGCAAAGCUCCGAAGCACUUCCGGCUGGGAUUUUACAGACUCCAGCCAAAGGGUGGAUUUCUCACUUUCGUUUCCCAACGGUGCCUUAAACUGUCCGAGAGGGAGUUCUGCAUGAACCGGAAUGCCCCUUUUGAGGCACAAAAAGGUGUAAACUUGGCAAAAAAAACCCACUCCACCCUCAACCUUUCCUCCUUCCUUUCCCUUUUAAAAAUGCUCCAAGUUGCUUAGGUUUUGCUUUUGCGUUGGGUUCUUCGCUGUAAAGACAAUGGCUUCUCCUGCCAAGGAGGCAAAGAACUGAGCCAACUUUAAAAUGGUUGAUGUUGGUCAACCGGCGAAUGUCAGUCACUUUAUUUAACCUUUUAUUUAUUCUGUCCGAAAGGUGUUCCAACCCGUGUCCGGAGGAUUUGCUCUCCGGCAAGUUGGGCAGAAACUCAACCCUCCUCGGUUGACUUUCAGCCCAUCGUUUCUUCUCUCUUGCAAUCAUGAAGCUUUGGCAAGCAUCCGGUCCUCUGUGAGGAAAGUGAGGAGGCAAUGCUCCUUGGUCUGGAUUGGUCCUGCAUUAAAUCGGGCACCAAAAUAUUAGACAUUGAUGUGGUCAUACCAAAUGUGGUUGGCAUCAACGGAACCCAAUGGGUGCCCCUUUCCCUCUGAAAGCUUUCCUUUCAAAGGGAAGAUUCUUUGAUUUCAGUGUUUUUCGCUCUGGCAUUAAGGGCCCCAAGACAGAAGCCAAGAUGAUACAAUGCAAGGUAUAAAUAAUGGGUUGCCUUUCUCAUUGUCUACCUUUUUUGGCUUGACUUAAUGUCUUGUUUACUGUGUAAGCAAAGUUAGGGAAGGGAUUCCUGCCAUUCGUAAGGGAGACUUGUACAGAAAUAAAACUGUAGCUUGAUAAACA